AUGGCGCGUUCUUUGUUCAGGGCUUUGCUUUCCGCCUCGUUGCAGCUGGCCCGGAUUCAGACGGACAGCGUAGUCGCGACGCUCCGGGAGCUGUACCCCGACCUGCGCUUUGAGAUUGUUGCCAUGGCAACGACUGGAGACAAGAUCUUGGAUACAGCGCUUUCGAAGAUCGGGGAGAAGAGCCUUUUCACCAAAGAGCUGGAAAACGCGCUUGAAAGAAACGAAGUCGACCUGGUGGUUCACUCCUUGAAGGACCUGCCGACUUCUCUUCCUCCCGGCUUCACCAUCGGCGCCGUCUGCAGGAGGGAAAACCCGCUCGACGCUGUUGUCUUUCAUCCUAAAAACUGUGGGAAAACGCUGGGCCUCCUUCCUGAGAAGAGUGUCAUCGGAACCAGCUCUCGGAGAUCCGCCCCGGUCAAAAAGAAGUUCCCUCAGUUAGAAUUCAGGGAUAUUAGAGGGAAUCUGAACACCCGGCUGAAAAAGCUGGAGGAGAAGGAAGACUUCAGCGCCAUCAUCCUGGCUGCUGCUGGGUUGAAGAGAAUGGGCUGGGAGAACCGCAUCGGGCAGGUGAGGAGCGGCGGAGC